AUGCUGCCGAUCGCGAAGCGCCGCGAGAGGCGUGCCUACGCCCAUGCGCCGCAGCCGGCGGGCCAGCGGCAGCUUGUCGACAACAACACCCCACCGACCAACCGCUUGGCCUGCGCUAUGGCGCCGGGACAGCCGGUGACACCGCCCUUGGAAGAUUUUCACCGCACGCUGGGGAUCCGCCGAUAUGUGCUCGUGUGGGGCUGCAGUACCACUUCUGGUUCUGAGAACUUACUCCUCAUGAUGACUUUCAAGUACGGGAAGGUCGGCGCCACAGUGUCUUGCGAAGUGCGUCCGUACAUGGCGAGGCAGGCGUGGAGGAUAGCCCUCGAUAAUGCAAGGGUGCUUGCGCUAAGCUUCAUGCGUGCGCCUGAGCCCUGCAUCCUUGCGCUACUCCAGCGCCGGGCGUCGGGCGGAAAGCGCCUCUGCUUAGCCAGUUUCGGUCCGGAGCUGGACCUGCUGGCGGCCGUGCAUCUUGAGGAGGAUCGGCAGCUGUGGCCUUUGGGUCGACCCUCCGCAUGGCUUUGGGAUCUCGGUGAAGGCAGCGUCCUGGUAGCCCUGGGCCAGCCAGGCCCUGGCUCCACUCCUAUUGUCCUGCACCGGGUGGAGCUUGCGCCCAGGGCCGACUUCGAGUGGCUUGGCAUCCCGGGGCUCUCCAAGCCACCAGCAGGAAAAGUUUGUUGCAGCUUCCGCCUCACUGCAGCGGUGCUCGUGGCCGCUGAGCCAGACAGCCCGGUGGUGCUUCUCAGCGAAGAUGGCCUCCAGUUCCUCUGCCAGAACUCGCUGGUGGAUUUGGGAAAGCUGAAGCUCGCAGACUUGGGCCUCGGCAAGCGCGGCACGGCGGCCGCCCUGGGCCUGACGACAGGGAGGCCCAGGAGCUGGGCGGCGAUUGCCGAUGCGGCUGCAGGACCUUCGCGCUUCCUCUUCCUUGGCUUCACCACUGGGGCCCCUGCAGUGCUGCAGAUGCGACUCUGUGAAGACGAGGCACCGACUUGCUCUCUGCUCCGCCUCGUGACGUCAGAGCAGCCGAGGCCUCCGAUCGUUCACGCGGUCGGCUUUGAGGACCCCAGCUCCGAGUCUCCCUGCGGCUUCCUGGCCUUCGACGCUGCCGGCGCUGCCUUUCGUUUCCGUCUGCGCUUUGCAGGUGGACCACUGGAGGCACCUUGCGUCGAUGUGGAGAGGUGCGAGUCCGAGGCUCUGCCUCUUACAGCCAACAGCUCCUGGAGCUUAGGCGGCUUCCUGACCUCUGAGGGUGACGCAGGCCCUUCGUGUGCGGCUUUGGUUCAGCUCCAGUCGGCUUGGACUGCAGAGCUCCGGCCCUACUGA